AUGGAUAGUACUCGUUUUAAUAAACCUAAAGUGUUUGAAAGAAUUUCUGACAAUGAUUUCUUAGUCCAUUUUAGCAAGGACAUGGAUUUCGCAUAAGUUUUAGAAGAUAUGAUGCACUUAGCUGAGAAAUACAAUAUUAGCUAUAAAGAUGCAUUAAUUUAAUUUGUGAAAUAGCUAAACAUAAAGCUAAAAUCUAUCCAUGUGAUAUCAAAAAUAGAUGUCUUUGGAGCGAAGUAUUCAAAAGACGAAAAAUAUCAUAAAGCUUUAUCUAAAAUUGUAGAGAAGUAUCCCUUUUACAUGAUGGUUAGAGGUGAUUCAAAUAGCUUUUACAGAUCAUUUAUGCUAUCUUUAGUAAUAUCUCUUAUUUUAAACAAGAAAACUCCUGUACUCAUUUAGCUUAUGAAAGACAUUGAAAAAGUCACUGAAAUUAAUUUCAAGCACAAAAAAGUUAAAGCCAACAAAAGAAAUGUAGAAUUUAUUAAGUGCUUUUUAUUAAGUUUUCUCUAUCAAUGUGUUGAAUUUAGUCUUGGAUCUGUACAAUUCAAUUUAAAAGAAUUUGUAAAAAAGUAUAACUCUACUCCAAUUGUAGAUUUUGGUAUGGUUAUUUUUUGCAGGCAUUUAAUUUCAACAAGACUUGAAGAUUUUUCUUCAGACUCAAAGUAUUAGCAUCUCGUAGAUAAAUCAAAUGAAAAUAAAAUUCACAAAUACUUAAGCGAAUACACUUUAGAAGCUUUAGAAUUUAUUUAUCCUGUUGCUGCUUAGGCAUUUUAAGUAGAUUUAGUCAUCUAAAAUCUUUACUUGAAUGAUAAGAAAUAUGUUACUAAUGAGCUAGAAUUUAAGCCCUUACCUGGAUUUGAUUCUUUAGAAAAAAUUAUUCUUUGCUGCUAGAAAAAUCAUUUUGAAUCAUUAAUACCUAAGGAUUUGUACUUUACUCAUUUAUCUGAGUAUGAUGAAAUUGAGCUUUUUGAAAAUAUUGACUAAGCAAAAAAAGAAAAGGACGGUUAGCUAAAAGACGACGACGAUGAUGAUCUCUUAGAUGAUUUAGAUGAAGAGACAUAUGAACAAGAACUUGAAUAAAAUAACGAAGAUUAUGAAGCACAAUAAGAUGAAAGUGUAACACCAGAAGAAUAAAAUAAAAGACAUCAUCAUAAUGAAGAAAAACGUGAGUAGCUUGAUUCAAAUUUGGAUGAUGAAUUAUAGCAAGAAUAAGAAAGAGAAUUAUAAGAAUAAUAACAAAGAUAAGAAGAAGAAAGGAGAUAAAAGGAACUAGAAUAAUAACAAAGGUAAGAAUAAGAAAGAUUUUAAAGAGAAGCAGAAGAAGCCAGAUUAAAAAAAGAGGCUGAAGAGGCAAGAUUGAAAAAAGAAGCUGAAGAAGCUAGAUUAAAAAAAGAAGCUGAAGAGGCUAGGUUGAAAGAAGAAGCAAGACUGAAAAAGGAAGCUGAGGAGGCAAGAAUGAAAAAAGAAGCAGAUGAAUUAAGGUUGAAAAAGUAAGCAGAGGACAAAUAAAGGGAAGAAGAGAGAAUAAAAUUAGAGAAAUAAAAAAGAGAAGCUGAAGAUAGGGAAAGAGAAGAGAGUUUGAAAAGGUAAAAGGAAUAAGAAGAAAGAAAGAAGCAAGAUGGACUUUCAAUUUCUUAAGAUCAAUAAGAUAACAUAGGAGAUAAUUCUUAAAGUUUAAGACAUAGAAAUGAAUAGAGAUAAGAGGUCAAUUCUUCUAUCAAUCCUGAAGGUAAUGAAAAUCAAAACAAAAGUCAGGGUCAAUCUUAAUAAAAUCAUGGCUAGAAAAAGACAUCUGAAAGGAUAUAGUAAAUAUAGCAAUAACAUUCUUCAGAUAAAUAAAAUAAAAAUAAAAAGAAUCCCUAAACAUAUUGGAUUUAUAUCGCAAUUGGAGCUGCUGUAUUAUUUGGCUCUAUUGUAGUUGAUAAAGUUAAGAAAACUGAAUUACAAAUUAACCCAUUAUCACUUAUUAAAAGCAAGCUCUGA